AUGGAUUCUUUAUCUACGGGAUCUCUUAGUGGUGCACAAAAAGAGGAAUUAAUGGACCAGGUGAAACAACAAAUUGCAAUCGCAAACGCGCAAGAACUUCUGACAAAAAUGUCCGAAAAAUGUUUUAAAAAGUGUAUUAAUAAACCUGGUACAGCUUUAGACAAUUCUGAACAAAAAUGCAUAGCUAUGUGCAUGGACAGGUACAUGGAUUCCUGGAACCUUGUGUCACGAACUUACAGCAGUCGCAUCCAGCGAGAAAGAAACAACAUG